UGAACAUUUAAUUCACAUCCAGUAUAUCGCGAUACAUGUGAAAUAAAAUUCUUUCGCAAAUGCAAUCAAUUGUUAUGUUUUCCUUAUCAAACUGAAAAUUUAACCUUCCAGAAGCUCUAAUCGAUAAAACGACGCCUACGUCGUUCGGGCAACUUUAAUCUGUAAUUCGACGGGAAACUGCUUACGACUGAGACGAUUUUACCUUACAAUUUAAACGAGUGCCUUAUUUUUUACGAUAAAAGAAAAAAGCAUGGACGAAUCGGGUUUGUCGAGUCCGGAGGACGAAAAGCGAAUCUCGAGAAGUGAGGAGGAAUGUUUGUUCGAUGAAAUAAUCGGGCAUAUUGAGGAUUUAUUGUUAGAGGAAGACUUCCAAGCCCUUCAGCACAAAUUUUUAGAGAAGUAUUGGAACGUUUUCGAGCCAGUAGAGGACAACAAGUUGAUUUACACUGACAUAUUUAACGAAUAUAAUAAAACUAUAGAGGCAUACAUCGUGGAUUAUCUGAAGAAAGUCAUGCCACAGUUUACAGUAGACACUCUUUUGCACCAAUUAAAUAAGAAGCAAAAGGAAUUGGAAGGUGAAGUUUUCGAGGUACUAUCAACAAUAACAGAUUUCUUAGCCUUUAAGGAAAUGUUCCUGGAUUACAGAGCGAUGAAAGAAGGUAAAGUUGCAGAUCUCAGUUGUGGAAUAUCCAUAACGUCUUUGAAAUCCUAUAAUGCAGAAGACUGCAAGAAUCCAAGAUAAUAAAAAUUAUUUUUACACCAGAAAUAGUCUUUUAGAUGAACGCUAGAGGGUGUAUACAAGUGAAAGCAGUGUAAAAUGUGAUAUAAAUUGGAAAUAUUGAUUAUGUUCAAUAUUUAUUAAAUCAACAGAUUAUAUACUUAUUUGUAUUUUGCAAAACUCUAUUGUCAGUACAUUUACAAAUAGCAGUACAAAAAUAAUUCGAAUAAUUUAUCGUACUGCGUCUCUCUCUUACAUUUUACAAAGUUUCGUACAACCUACUAUAUAGUACAUGAAAAGUACUUGAAUCUGAGCUGAAGUGAAUCUUUGAAAACUUGGUGUUAUCAGUUACUGUAAUUGUUCUUGAUAGAAUAUGUGCAAUCCUAUUACAUUUUAAAUUAAAAAUGAAAUUUUUAU